GUCGCGGUCAGAGCAGCUGCGGCUCUGGAGGGGAAACCUGCCCACCGAGCCACCGGGGCCGGGAGCCGCCCGGGGCAGGACUCGGGAGAGCGGGCCCUACCAUGAGGCCCCAGCUCCUCUGGAGCCCCCGCGCUCCCCUGGCCCCGGGCGCACCGUGCUAGCCCCAGCCAGGGCAAGGGGAGGCGCGGGGCCAUGGCCAGCCACGUGGACCUGCUCACCGAGCUGCAGCUGCUGGAGAAGGUGCCCACGCUGGAGCGGCUGCGCGCCGCCCAGAAGCGCCGGGCGCAGCAGCUGAAAAAGUGGGCUCAGUACGAGCAGGAUCUGCAGCACCGCAAGCGCAAGCACGAGCGGAAGCGCAGCGCCGGCGGCCGCCGCAAGAAGGUCUCCUUCGAGGCCAGCGUGGCCCUGCUGGAGGCCUCGCUGAGGAACGACGCCGACGAAGUACGCUACUUCCUCAGGAACAAGGUCAGUCCCGAUUUGUGCAAUGAAGAUGGACUCACAGCCCUGCACCAGUGCUGCAUCGACAAUUUUGAGGAAAUAGUCAAGCUUCUCCUGUCCCACGGUGCCAAUGUGAACGCCAAGGACAAUGAGCUGUGGACACCCCUGCAUGCUGCGGCCACCUGUGGUCACAUCAACCUGGUGAAAAUCCUCGUUCAGUACGGGGCUGACUUGCUUGCCGUCAACUCUGAUGGGAACAUGCCAUAUGACCUCUGUGAGGAUGAGCCCACCCUGGAUGUCAUCGAGACCUGCAUGGCGUACCAGGGCAUCACCCAGGAGAAAAUCAAUGAGAUGCGGGCAGCUCCAGAGCAGCAGAUGAUUUCAGACAUUCACUGCAUGAUUGCAGCGGGCCAGGAUCUAGAUUGGGUAGAUGCCCAGGGUGCCACACUGUUGCACAUAGCUGGAGCCAAUGGAUACCUGCGGGCAGCCGAGCUCCUCCUGGACCAUGGAGUACGUGUGGAUGUGAAAGACUGGGAUGGCUGGGAGCCAUUGCAUGCAGCUGCCUUCUGGGGACAGAUGCCGAUGGCAGAGCUAUUGGUGUCCCAUGGGGCUAGUCUCAGUGCCAGGACGUCCAUGGAUGAGAUGCCAAUAGAUCUGUGUGAGGAGGAGGAGUUCAAGGUCCUGCUGCUGGAGCUCAAACACAAGCACGAUGUGAUCAUGAAAUCCCAGCUGAGGCACAAGUCAUCCCUGAGCCGGCGGACAUCCAGCGCAGGGAGCCGCGGGAAGGUGGUACGUCGAGCUAGCCUGUCAGACAGAACCAACCUGUACCGGAAGGAGUAUGAGGGAGAGGCCAUCUUGUGGCAGCAGCGGAGCGCAGCUGAGGACCAGCGCAUGUCCACCUACAACGGGGACAUUCGGGAGACCAGGACAGACCAGGAGAAUAAGGACCCAAACCCCCGGCUGGAGAAGCCUGUGCUCCUGUCGGAAUUCUCUACCAAGAUCUCCCGGGGCGAGCUGGAUGGGCCAGUGGAGAAUGGCCUCCGGGCCCCUGUCGGCGCCUACCAGUACGCGCUGUCCAACGGGGACGUGUGGAAGGUGCACGAGAUGCCCGACUAUAGUGUGGCCUACAGCAGCCCUGGCGUGGCCGCCGACGUCCCCCCGCCCUGGAGUGGCUUCAAGGAGCAGAGCCCGCAGACGCUGCUGGAGCUGAAGCGACAGCGGGCCGCGGCCAAGCUGCUCAGCCACCCGUUCCUGAGCACCCACCUGGGCGGCAGCAUGGGCAGGACGGGGGAGAGCAGCAGCGAAGGCAAGGCCCCCUUGAUCGGAGGCAGAACUUCGCCGUACAGCGGCAACGGGAACUCGGUGUACUACACGGUCACCAGCGGAGACCCCCCGCUCCUGAAGUUCAAGGCCCCCAUAGAGGAGAUGGAAGAGAAAGUCCACGGCUGCUGCCGCAUCUCCUAGACUCCGCGGGUGGGGAGGGGCUUUCCUGGAAUCCAGGCUAGCCCAGCAGCAGCCCCGGCUGGGGAGGUAUCAGAGGGCAGCUGGGGAGGGGGGGGGGUGGGCUCUGCUUUCCUGACGGUCGCUGACCCCUCUCUGGGCCCAGCUGCUCCCUAGUGCGCCCCUCCCGCGCGCGCUGCUUUCUGCUGCCUUGUCUCUCACCUGAAGCGUAGGGGCCCCCAACUCACUCUGCAGCGUGAUGUGAGGAGGGCGGAUGUGGGAUCCCAGUUCCAUACUUGGUAAAGGCUUCUCUGGACCAGGACACACGCGUGCGUGUCACACACACACACACACACACACACACACACACACACACAUCAAUCUCAUGUAUAAGAAUGGCCCACUUGAGCUCUUGGGAAGUAGAAGGGGGCUGAGGAUAUGGGUUACUCCAAGAAACUGAGCUAAAGACCGUCUCUGCACCACUGUCGAUGUGACUCAGAGAGGGGCCCGGCUUAGCUGAGACCCUCCCUCUGCCCCCCCACAGUGUUUCUCAGAGUUACGCCAGGGGCUAGGCCACCAACCACACCCCACAGGGACAGGAAACCCCUCCGUUCAGGGGAGCCAGGCAUUCACAUAGGUUAGACGUCGUGGGCCCAGGCCUGCUCCCAUAGCCUUCCUGAGAUCCCUGCUCUCACGUCACUAUAGGCAGCUAUGGGCCAAGCUGAAAACUCCGGAACCAACUCAUGUCUUGCUCUUCCGUGGAAUUAUGGGGGGUAUAGUGAGAUGCAGCCAAGCCAAGGUUUUGUUUCCAAAACCGCAUUUGGUGGACGCAUUCUCUUAGGCUGUGAAACUCCAGAUGGGAGCUAACUGAACCCUCCUUCUCCCAAGAUGGUGUCACUACUGGGUUUGACUGUAAUGUAGCCUCAGAAGAAGAAAGCUCAGGGAGGAGCUUCGGAGGGAGGCCGUGCCCAGGGACAGAGUGAGGUCAUUUCUGAGAGCAUCUCUGGUUAGUAGUGACUCCAGCUCAUCCCCGCUGGCUGGUCUUUGUGAUGCUUGGGCUGUUCUCACCCAGCCCAUCUCAGCCAGCCCUGCCCAGUCUGAGCCAUCACCAUGAGCAGCCGGAGCUGCGUGCACUCCCCGCCCCCGCCCACCUCACUUGCCAACACUCACGUACAGUAAAAGCUAUGGACCACUUUGCCUUUUCCUGCAGUGUUCGGUGAGAGAAGUUUGCCAGCUGGCCCUUGUGAGUUCCUGCCAUGCCCCAGGGUUCCCAGCCUGCUCCUGCUGGAAUGGUGACACCCUGGCUGCAAAUCCAAGGUGCCCGUGGUCACCAUUGUGUAUUAACAUUCAGGGGGCAGGACUGGAGUUGACACUCACCCUAGCUGCGUAACUUUGCAGCCCCAGCCUUCCUGAGACCAGGGAGGGAAGACCACGCCACUUCACCACCGGACUCUCCCACACCCCACCACCCCUUUGAUAUUGUGCUCUGGCGCCGUCCACUGACUCAGCCAUAAUCUUUCGGUGUGCUUAACACGCUGCAGGGUUGUUCCUGCUCUGUGCGCCUUUUAUUUGUCCUAAACUACCUCCUUAGAGCUCGGAAAGGGGCCCUACGUCCAGAUUCUGAUAUAGGGUACAGGCCUGGGUGCCCUUUAACCUGCUUUUUUUUGUUUUGUUUUCUCCCCUGAACAUGUGGGAAGUUCUCCCUGAAGGGCACCUGGGUCUAGAGGCCUAAGGCUGGAGGUGUCCCCUUUUGUGCUACAACCCUAGUAAUGGGGUCUGCUGUUUGUUACUCUUAGUUUGCUCCUGUGGCCCCGGGGUCUCCGUAGUGUGGUGAGGGAGCAGGUCCUGAUGGAGACUGGAUGGUGCUUUUGUUGGGAGCAGGGCAAGUGGGUCAGGGAGCUGGAUGCAGAGGGUGGCUCUCAGCAUUAGGCUGUCCCAUCCUAAUUCCAAGACAGAUGUCUAGGGUGGAGGGAUGGCACAGGAGACUGACCGUUCAUGGUGCUUCCUGCAUGCCUGGAGGCCCCGCCUGGGCUCUCAAUCUCAGCCUGUGUCAAAGGUCACCAUACACAUUUGGCUCUGACAGGCACCUCGACGCCUCUGGAGUGCCGAGGGCAGGGGCAGCAACACACCCCUUGGAGAUAGCUGGGCAGGGCUUCUGAUUGCAUUGCUCAAGGGCCAGAGAGAAAAGACAUUUAUUUGCCCUUGCUGAGCCUUCCAGGUUUUUCCCUCUGCCUCCCUUCUUUCUGCCUCUUGGGUCAUUUCUCAUCACCCGAGGGUCGUGAGAAUCCCAACUGCCUCUCUUGGUGGAUCUGGUCUUCGGCAGCAAGGACUCUUGGGGUUUUGCUCGUAUUUUCCGCCUGGGAUAAGCCAACAUUCCCUGUUGGGGCUCCAAGUCCCCAGGACACUUUCCCCGUGACUCUCUGGAGUGUUGAGGGCCAAGUGGAGGAAUCACCUCCAACGCUCGAGCCAGGGCCACCCGCUUGUUCACUCACGUAGGUCAUACUGAGUGGCUGAGGCAUAACAGGCGCCGUUGAUGACAGAGGAGGAAGCAGACAGCGAGGGCUUUCACUCUCGGGGUGGACCAUGGGCAUCCACAGCCGUGUUCAGUUCACCUGAGCAGAGUGCCUGCAUCCGGGUCCAGUGCCCUGAGUUUCAGCUCCUGGAGUCCCUUGAGCUGGGAAAUAGCUUCAUAGCCACCCCCUUCAACAUUUGCUGCUAAGUGCAGAUCUUGGGUCCCAGGCAGAUGCCAUCCCAGGUCCAUCUGGAAGCUCUGGAGGUAGCUAGCUGCCUUCAAGCCAGCACCCCUGGAGAAUGACAGAACAGUUUGCUCUCAGUGUCUAGGAGAAAGAAGAGUCUACAGUUUGCUGCCAAGUGCAUCAUUGGCCCUUAAAGUCACUGUCUCUUGCUCACUUCUGCUCGUGUAACCUAUACUCACCCUACCACUGGAUAUUGGGUGGGAGAGCAAACAGCUCCUUUAAUGCCAAGCCUUUCCCAUAAGUCAGCCUCUCUUCCUGGCAGAUGUGGAUUGAGGGGCUGGGAGAAAACCUGGCAAGGUUGAGCAGAUGCCCAGCUGCUAUGUAGACCCAGAUCUGGUGGCCAUGCGUGGCAGAUUGAAGGCGGGCACUUUCCUAGUAGGUGCCCUGUAGUUCCCUGUCAGCUCUGGCCCUUACUCUCACUUGUGCCCCUAAACAAUUAGAAAUUGGUAGCUGUCACCAGAUUGUGAGUUUCUGGCCACAUAGUUCAGGGAAUCUGAAUGAAUCCACGCCCAAGUCUAGUAAUGAUGUUGAGAUCUUAUUCUCCACCAGAUAGGCAGCAUUCAUGAAAACUGCUCUGCACUGAUUAAUCUCUAAGAGGCUUGGUAUGGCCACCCCCCACCCCGACCUGGCCCACCACAGUUUGCUAGCUUUGUAACAACAUGAAGCUCUGGGUUCUUAUUGUCACGCACCCUUUGAUCCCAAGCUCCCUCCUGCUUGUUCUCCCAGAGCAGGAUACUGGGGAAUUUUCCAGAAAGACUGUGUGUAACUCUUGCUCUUUAUAGCCUGGGAAUUGCUUCUUUUCCCAGGUCACAGAAAAGCAAAGGGUCCCGUGGCUAGUGGACAACUCCACAGAAGUGACCCAAAAGCUCUAGCCCUCCCCUCCACAGGAGUCCCUUUUGACCAGAGAGUCUGCUUCCCAUGGGCACUACAAAGUGUCACCGUGCGGGGCCUGGCUCUGCACACCCAGAAGUCUGCAGACACCCAGCCCUCCGCAAUAAUUCACCAGACCAGAAGCCACUGAUGUACAGAGAACACUUAAGGAAAAAAAUGUAUUUUAUGUGAAAAACAAGUUAAAACUCUGUAUACUGUAUCAGCAGCUUUGUGUAAAAAAUGGCAAUCAAAAGAGUCUAAUAUAUUUAAAACUUUUUUUAAAAAAAACAACAUUCUCAUGGAUCUUUGAUAUUGUAUCGAAGUAAAUUCCAGGUAGCUCCACGCCCUGUGGCUGUGACGGGCCUUGCCUCCCAGACCAAGUCUGUCCACGUCCCAGAGGGCUGCAUACCCCUGGAGUUGCUUCCAGCUGCCAAGGCCUGUGACGGAAUUCGCUGUUAAGAAUUUUUAAUUAAGUUUAUUAAAUUCCUUUUAAUAACA